GCAUCGCGUCGCUCGGCCCGGAGCCACUUUUUCCACCUGAGAAACGCAUCGCAUGGAAGGUUCAAAACCCCUGCGCGUGCGGCCCCGACUCCGCCCGUCGGCCCCGCGCCCACCCCCUCCCCUACUACAUCAACCCCGGUCGCGCCGCGAGACGUAGGUAGCGCCCGCCCAUCUUUUGACGCCGCCCGUGCCUUUUUCCGGCGGAAGGCAGGCAGGCAGGCAGAAGAACCCCGGGACGCGGCCCGCAUGGACAUCAAGGAGCGGAUCCGCCGCACGCCGCGGGAGGAGGAGGCGCCCGCGGCGGCGUCCCCGCGCGGGAGGAAGGGCGGGGCGGCGAUGCUGCUGCUGCGGUGGUCCCUGCCGGCCGCGGCGCUCGUGGUCUGCGCGGUCCUCCUCCUCCUGCUCGCCGGGGGCUCCGCCGCGCGGAGGGGCCAUCUCCUCGACGCUGAUCCCUCCGGGCGCGAUGACCCGCGCCUCGUCCGUCCGCGAGAUGAAGAUGGCACCUCGGGAUCUCCGGUAGUUGUCAAGGACAAAUUACUUGGAGGCUUGCUAGUUCCCGGUUUUGAUGAACAAUCAUGCCUAAGUAGGUACCAAUCAGUACUGUAUCGUCGAAUGUCGCCCCACUUUCCAUCUACCUACCUCUUGGAAAGAUUAAGGAAACAAGAGGCCCUCCAGAAAAAGUGUGGCCCACGAACUGAAUUUUACAGGAAAGCUGUUGAGCAGCUUAAGUCUGGUCAGGAUAUUAAGGUCAUGGACUGCAACUAUCUGGUCUGGACAGCUUACAGUGGUCUAGGGAACAGGAUCUUGACAAUCGCCUCGGCAUUUCUGUAUGCAAUCCUUACAAACAGAGUCCUACUUGUCGACGGAGACAAAGGCACCGCAGAUCUCUUCUGCGAACCAUUUCCUGAAACUUCAUGGUUGCUGCCGUCAGAUUUCCCCAUUAAGCAGUUCAAGAACUUCAGCAUUGGCUCUCCUGAGAGUUAUGGAAACAUGCUGAAGAGUAAAGUUGUUCAUUCUAGCCCUGCUUUUCUCUAUCUUCAUUUGGCUCAUGACUAUAGUGAGUAUGAUAAGCUUUUCUUUUGUGAAGAUAAUCAGCAGUAUCUCCAGACAAUCCCAUGGCUGAUCCUGAAAUCAGAUAAUUACUUUGUACCUUCACUUUUCCUGAUCCCGGCAUACCAAGAGGAACUCAUGAGGCUUUUCCCCCAGAGAGAUGCUGUUUUCCACCACUUGGGACGUUACUUGUUUCACCCCAGCAAUGCCGUCUGGGGCAUGAUUACAAGAUACUAUGAUUCUUAUCUUGCCAGAGCUGAUGAAAAGUUGGGUAUCCAGAUCAGAGUCUUCGACACCGAAACUGGUCCGUUUCAGCAUGUCCUGGAUCAGGUCCUUGCAUGUACAUUCAAGGAACACUUGUUGCCAGAGGUUAAUACUCAAGAGCCAAUUGUCUCACCAAGGAAGGCCAAGUCGAAAGCUGCUCUAGUUACUUCAUUAAACUCGGGAUACUGUGAUAAAUUCAGAAACAUGUACUGGGAACAUCCUACGGCAAAUGGCGAGACAAUUAGCUUCCACCAGCCAAGUCACGAGGAACAUCAGAACUCAGACAAGAAAAUGCACAACAGGAAAGCCUGGGCAGAGAUAUAUCUGUUAAGCUUAUCUGAUGUCAUGGUGACCAGUGCAUGGUCAACUUUUGGGUAUGUUGCCCAGGGUCUCAGUGGUUUGAAGCCAUGGCUUCUGUUCAAGCCUGAGAACCGCACUGCCCCUGAUCCGCCUUGCCGCCAAGUUCUGUCCAUGGAACCAUGUUUUCAUGCUCCACCUUUCUAUGAUUGCAAAACUAAGAGAGGAACUGAUACGGGAAAACUUGUCCCACAUGUAACACAUUGUGAAGAUAUGAGCUGGGGGCUUAAGCUAGUCGAUCAGAAUUAGUGGUAGAUGUGGUGCGUAUUUCCUAUCCAAAUCAUAUAUGUACAGUGCAAGCCAAUAUAUGCUUAGUUGUGUGGUAUAGGUGCAACUCUGUUUCUAUAUUGCAGGAAAGUGUUUUCUGGCUUGGCUGAUAUAGAUGCAAUUACAUUAA